AUGAGAUCAGCUGAUGAGAGGAGAAUUAAAACGAAGAGAGAGCUACAGGCGUACUUACUUUGUUCCAAGAUGGCAUCUUCUUUUUAUCGAGUUUUCUUAGUCAUCAUUAGCCUCUGUGUGCCAAUCUAUUGUGUGUCCCCAUCCUGUCCCCCCAGCAGAGGAUCCCCCCGACUUUCCCCCACAAAGAGCACCCCCACCUCUCAGCUGUCUUCCAGCAACAUCAAUUUUGCCUUUCGCCUGUACCGGAGGCUGGCUUUGAAGACCCCAAGUCAGAACAUCUUUUUCUCCCCCAUGAGCGUCUCCACUUCCCUGGCCAUGCUCUCCCUCGGGGCCCACUCGGCCACCAAGACCCAGAUCCUUCAGAGCAUGGGGUUCAACCUCACACACACGCCAGAGUCCACCAUUCAUCAGGGCUUCCAGCAUCUGGUUCACUCACUCAGUGUCCCCAACAAACACCUGGACUUGAAGAUGGGGAGUGUCCUCUUUAUCAAAAAGGAGCUACAGCUGCAGAGAAAUUUCUUGGACAAUGUCAAGACGCUGUAUGAGUCGAGAGUCUUUUCUACAGAUUUCUCCAACCCCUCCACUGCCCGGCAGAGGAUCAACAGAUAUGUGGAGAAGGAGACCAAAGGGAAGAUUAUAGACCUAAUCCAAGACCUUGAACCUCUGACCGCCAUGGUCUUGGUGAACCACGUUUUCUUUAAAGCCAAGUGGGAGAAGCCCUUUAACCCUCUGUAUACGAGCAAAAGAUACCCAUUCCUGGUGGACAAGAGGACCGCUGUGAAGGUCCCAAUGAUGCAUCAGAUGGAGCAGUUUGCUUUUGCUGUGGAUUCGGAGCUGAACUGCUCAGUGCUGCAGAUGAACUACAGUGGAGACACCGUGGCCUUCUUUGUCCUCCCUAAAAAGGACAAGAUGGGGCAGCUGGAACAGGCCUUGUCAUCCAGGACACUGAGGAAGUGGAGCCACUCACUCAAGAUCAGGUGGAUAGAGGUGUUCAUUCCAAAAAUUUCCAUUUCUACCUCCUAUGACCUGGAAACCAUCCUCCCAAAGAUGGGCAUCCGGGAUGCCUUUGAUAAAAACGCCGAUUUUUCUGGAAUCACAAAGAAAGGUUUCCUGCAGGUUUCCAAAGCUGCCCACAAGGCUGUGCUGGAUGUCAAUGAAGAGGGGACCGAGGCCACCGCAGCUACCGCCACCAAGCUCACAACCAAGUCAAAGGAUGGCUCCGCUCACUCCAUCAUCUGCUUCAAUAGGCCCUUCCUGCUGCUCAUUUUCAACAAAGCCACAGGGACCGUGCUCUUCCUAGGGAAAGUUGAAAACCCCACUAAAUUCUAGUUGGGGAAAGGCCUGUUGAAGGAUGACAUCGUGACAAUGUGCAGGAAAUAACAAAUCGUGUUGCCUGAUGCUCCCGGUGUGACUUUAGGACGUGCGCCCUCCUGUUCCGAGGGUCGCCUGACCUCAGCAGAGCUGUAGUCUCCAUCCAGAGGCCACUGUUGGGUCUCAAUCAUCAAACGUCAGCAGAGAUGUGGGUUACAAACCAACACCCGUGAACCCCCAGUCAGUGCUCUUUUCCACAAAUCUCCCAGGUAACUAGCUUCAGGGAAUGUGUCUGGCUUGACAUACUUUCAUUGCUUAGAGCCCCUCGGAACAGUAACAAAUGGGCCAGUCACCUUUAUUGAAGAAUUACAGUAAUAAAUUUAAUAAACCUAAAAUGUGGAUGUGGCCAGCAGCAGUGCUCCCACAUGCCUCCAGCAUCAUAAUUUGAAAAUAGUUUAUUGGCUAAUUCACAGUAACCAGGUUGUCACUGUGUGACAUUUCAGUGGCUGCAUGAAUUCAUCCAUUCAUUCAACAAAAACGUAUUGUGUACCUCAUAUAUGUUAGGAAUAAAUCAGACAAUGUCCCUGGCUUAUUGAACCUAGAUAAGGUGACAGAUCACCACCACAACAAUAAA